AUGAGGGUGAUUGCAUUUUUAAUAGGGAUUGGAAUUUUUUCUUGUGUUCAAACACAAGAAAAUGCUCAACGUAAAUUAUCGAGUGGAUUAUUAGAGUGUUAUAAUAGUUCAUUUGUCGUUUUGAAAGAUAAUCACUUACCGUAUACAAUGGACACUUUUAUUGCAAUCUUAAGAAAAAUUGAAGAUUCGCCAAGUUUUAACAUGGAUUUACGUCAAUUUACUGUUUCUUUACUUAAUCGGUUCCGACAAGAUGGCAUAAUUGAAAAUACCGAAUCAAAACCAGCGCUUGGUGUCAUUCCUUAUGCACCAAAUUCAUUUCAAUUCUACAAAAAUGCCGCUAUUCUAAAAUUAAUUCAAGGAAACGGUUUACAUUUCCCCAACUCAUCUAUUUCUUUAUUAGAAAGAUGUGCAUUACAUUUUAUUUUAUCAAGUACCAUUGACUUUAAAGAGCGGGGGGACGAACCAACAACUUGCCAAACUCAAAAUAGUCCAUAUCGGUGGAAAAGAAAUAUUGAUAAAGGAACUGGCGACGUUGAAACAUUAUCUCCGGAAGAACUAGAGAUUAUUAAAAACAAAAAUAAUGAAUCUAAAGAAGGUGAUUUUGAUCCUAACUCAUUUUAUCCUGUUUUGCCACCAAAUCAUCCGGAAAAUGCACAAUAUAAACAACCGGUGACUAGUAAAUGCCCAUUAGAGAGUGGAGUAAUUCAUACGAAAUGGGGUACAGUAGCCGGUGGACCUUUAUUAGCAGGAAUAGCAGCAGCUUUACAGCCAGAAAAGAUAAAAAUCAGUGAUUUAGUCUUCAGAAACUGGCGAUUAAAUGAAAAUUUAUCAGAUGUUAGAUUGGACAAUAAAUGGCUUGCUACCCUAGCUGGUGAUCUAGCUGAAGUAGUCAUCAGUCAGGGUCCUUUUAAAAAUCUAGACGAACGUUUUCAAAUCGGAAUUGAAGGUCACUGGAAUUCAACAGUGUCUCAAAAAUAUUAUUUUCUAAAUGAAGAUGAAAAUGUUGAAUUCACUGCCGCUGAAGUGCGUGGUGAUCUUGACGGACUUAUUUUAGCAAACACUGUCAUGACAUGGUACCAGAGCAUACCUUCACUUAAGCUCUCGCAGAUUUUCGACAUGUAUUACAGCGACCGUGGAUUGUUCAAUGUAUCCACAAGAGCUUGUGAUCGGAGAGCUUUGCUCACUAGUGUUGCACCAAAUGAUACCACUUCUGCUCAGGUUUAUACAGCUUCUUUAGCGUUAGAAAAAGAUAUAUCUACUGCUUCAAUGUCUCCAGAACUUAUUAAUAGUCUUUCCGUAAAGGCUACCAAUGAACUUUUUAAUUUUAUUCCUUCAUCUUUGAACAACGAUCUUGGAUGUGAUGCUAAUUUACGGUCAUUUAAUCGUCUCGCUGUUGAUUUAACUAUUUUUAUUGAUACCAAUUGGAAGUUUCCAGCAAUUCAGCCAAUUCUUACACUUCUGUUGGAAAAUUGUGACAUAAAUAAAUACGCCAGUAAUUUUACCCUAAUAAAUGCAUUUGAUGGUAACGUGCUUAUUAAUAGUUCAAACAAUAUUUUGGACUUUUAUAGUUUUAAUGAAACUCAGUAUUCUUCACUUACAAUGUUUAAAAAUGGGUUUGAUUUACCAAAGAGUUUGGAAGUUUUAAAAAUAAGAGAGGAACAAAAAUUAAACAGAGAAUGGGAGAGUAAAAUUGGUGGACAGAGAUCAGAAAUCGUGUUGAUUUUACCUUCUGCGACAGCUUCAAUAUCUGACAGCGAUAAGACUUUUUGUUUAGACAGGCUUAAGACGUUAAAAGAAACAGUUCCUGAUGCUACUCUUCUUUUCUUGACUCCUGGAUCUAAGGACAAGUGGGCUGAGAUGACAGUCGACUCGAUAAAUGACAUUGUUUCGUUUAGCAACGGAAAUACGAAAGAAAACUCAGCACAAAUUAUAAAUUUGGUCAACCGAAUGAAGCAAGUACCUCGGCGACUAAUUAAUACACAAUGUGGAGCAUCUUAUACUUCUAGUGGAAACUCAGAAUCUUAUACCAACUACUUAGAACCAUCUGGAAUAACUUUUUACAGAUUACAUCCAAAUUAUUUUUAUAAAAUUGAAGAAGAAAACUUACCAACUAUUAAAAUUCAGAGUUACAGUGGAACACGCUUGACUAUCUGUACAUCUCGGGAUCCGAUUAAUAUCAAUGUAACAUCUUCUAAUUGUGUCACGACUGACACACAUUCAGAAACAAUUUAUUGUCCAGAUCCCACAUAUAUUCAUGAGUGCAAACCUUUUUACUUAUCAAUUGCUGCUAACGAUCAUUCAUACAGCCCGUGCAAUGCUGAACCCGAACGAUGUAGAUACCCGGAUAUGACGAAGUAUACAAUUUCCUACGAAAAUCUUGUUUGCGUUAGCUCGGCGAGUUCAGCUAUUAUCUCACCAAUUGUUUAUUUUAUAACAAUAAUGUAUAUUUAUACCAGACAUUAG